AUGGGUUCGGCACAGUGGUGGAACACGUUUGUUCGAAUAAAAGAUGAUAAAGAAAAUAUCAUUCCAUUUGUACAAUGUAUUAAAUGUUUAUCAAUUUUUGCUUAUGAAUCAUCUAAAACUGGUUCAAGUACUCAUAAAGCACAUGCUGAAAGUUGUCUUGGUGGUGGUUCUCCAAGUUCAAGCAAAAACCAAGACAUCAUCGUGAUGAUGAACAAGGAUAAUAAUAGUAAUAUAUUAGCUGGUCUGAAGAGAGUAUUUACUGAAGCAUGUGCUAAAUUUUGUGCUUAUGAUUUACGUCCAUACGAAUCUGUUCGUGGUCAUGGUUUCCAAAUAUUGUGCCAGUCCUUAUUAGAUCUUGCACGCCAAAAUUCGCAUCCAAUUGAAGCAGCUGCUAUUAUUCCGGAUCCGACGACAGUCUCGCGUCAAGUACAAAAAUUAGCUGAAGAAAAUCGUGUAAAAUUAAUUGAAUCAUUAAUACCUGAUUUGAAGAAAAUUAAACUUUUUGGUGUUACAACCGACUUUUGGAAAAAUAAAUUUACUUCAGACAGCUAUUUAACAAUAAAUUUGCAUUACAAUAAAGAUGGACAAAUGAAAACUUUAAUGUUAAAAACUGUUUCAAUCAGCGAAGCUAAAACUGGUGUAUUCUUAGAAAAUACAAAAAAAUUAAUAAGAAAUAUAUUGAAUUCUUUUGGAAUUGAUCCUGAUGGUUAUGAAAUAAUUUAUGUUACGGACAAUGGUUCUAAUUUAAUUUCUGCUUUGGAUGGUGAAGCACAUAUACGAUGUGUGUGCCACUGCCUUAAUUUAGCUGUUAAACAAAGUCUUGAAGAAUGUUCUGUGAUCGAUGCAUUAGUUUCAGAUUGUCGAGAAUUAGUUACACAUUUUAAAAGAGCUGAACUUCAGCAAAAUCUUGCAUCAACAUUAAAACAAGAUAUAUGUACUAGAUGGAAUUCAACAUAUGAUACUUUAUGGUCUGUUUGGUUGAAUUACGAUGACGUCGAACAAGUGUUAGCAAGUCGAAAAGAAGAACAAUAUGUUAGUAAUAUUGAUUCACAUGUAAUUAAGGAUAUAACUGAUUUACUUUCCGUAUUUAAAAUUGGUAGCGAGAAAUUAUCUGCUGAUGAUGUUCCUACUUUACAUUCUGUUUUACCAUGGUUUUAUAAAUUCAAAAAAUCUUGUGAAAUAAAAAAUACUGAUCGUCCAUGUAUUGUUCAAUUAAAAAAGAAAUUAUUAACAAAGCUUGUCGCGAAGCUAUGGUUAACUGACAUUCACUAUAUCGCUACCUUUCUUCAUCCUGAAACUAAAUCACUUCCAAUAUUAACUCAAAAUGAACGAAAUGAAGUAAUAAAAUCGGUUAAGAAAAUGCUCAAAACACUUGACAUUGGUAAUGAUGAAGACUUACAUCAAGUGACCUUGAUAAUUAAUAAUGAUGAUAAAAAAAAGAAAAGAAAUAAACGCGCCAAACGUGAUGAUAUUAGUGUUGAUGAUGUAUUGAAAGAGUUUAUUUCAAAUGAAAAUUCAUCAACAGAUGACGACGAACCAUAUGAUGAAGUGAUCGAAUACAUGAAACAUAAAAUAAAUUAUCCAAGUGGUGAAGAUAUUUUAUCGUGGUGGAGAAAACAUUCAUGUAUAUAUCCACAACUAUCACGUUUAGCAGCAGCAUUACUUUCUAUUCCUGCAUCAUCAGCAACAAGUGAACGGAUCUUCAGUGAAACUGGAAGAAUUUUAGAAGCAAGAAGACAACUAUUGAGUGCUGAAUCAGUUGAUUCACUUGUUUUUUUACGUAAUUUCAGAUGA